GCUACAUCAUAUAAUAAAUUAAUAAUAGCCCAGUAAUAUUGUUGCAGUGUGUCAUAAAAUAGUAGAUAACAGUAUAUUUUCCUCCCCUCUUGGUCCCCCGGGGUACCCAUCCCAAGCUAUUAUUAGAAUAAAUAAUUAAUUUCCAGCUCCCUAUUUAUAAAGCUCACAUUUUCACGAACAGUUUCUGUGCUUGUAUUACGCUCCAGACAAAGAGACAGAAGAGAAAAGAAAGAGAGAGAGAGAGAGCGAGCGAGCAAGCGAGGUAGGGGCCAAUGGCGAAACGUUUCAGGCUAAGGAUUUCGCGAGUGAUUCCGUCUUUCCAAUCCUGCCGCUCAAAAGAAACUACGGCUCUCCCAACAGAUCCUGUCCCUUCAUUCAACAGACUCUCCCCGGUCAACGCCACAGCUGUCAACCUCCGUUUUCCAACUACCACCACCCCCCCACUACACAGUCCACCACCUCCAUCGUCGAAUAAACACUACUCCUCCCUGAAGCGCCAUGUGUCCGCUUUCGUAUCCGUGGGCUGCGGUACCAGAUCAAAACCUACACACUCAGACGACGACAGCAAUGAAGGACCUGAGUUUCACUGGGAAAAAGAAGAGAAAUGGCACGUCGUCGCUAAGGUCUACAACGAGACUCCACGUCGGAAAAUCUACAAUUCCUCUGUUUCCGGCUGUUCCGACAGAGACGACGACGUUCUGCCUCCACCGCCACCACCACCUUCAUCGGCGGAGAAAAAGAAAAGGCGUGUCAAGAAGAAGAAAACGCCCUGUCGUCUCCGAAUCAGCACGUCUUCAGCUGAAAGUGGACUUUUCAGUAGCGAUGGUUUCAAUGACGUGGAAGAUGAAGAAACCGAAACGCUCGUUUCGUCUUCCAGAAGCUUCUCCACCGAUUCUUCGUCGGAAUUCAACCCUCAUUUGGAAACCAUACGCGAGGUAACAUUCGAUUGCCCGAGGCGAAAGAAGAGCAGAGUAAAAAAGGUCAAGAAUAAGAAUAAGAAGCCAAAACGGUACGUCUCAAAGGGUGAGAGGAAAACUAGGAACAAUUCGAGGAAGAGUGGUGGGUGGUCGCCGUCGGCCGAGAGUGAGUCUCCGGCGAGACUAUCGAUGUUUCAGAGGCUGAUACCGUGUACGGUGGAAGGGAAGGUGAGAGAGAGCUUCGCGGUGGUGAAGAAGUCGGAGGAUCCGUACGUGGAUUUCAAAAGGUCGAUGAUGGAGAUGAUACUGGAGAAGCAAAUGUUCGAUGACAAGGAUUUGGAGCAGCUCUUGCACUGUUUCUUGUCUCUGAAUUCUAGGCAGCACCAUGGGAUUAUCGUUCAAGCUUUCUCUGAGAUUUGGGACACCUUGUUCUGUACAACAACCACCAGCCGUAGAGUUUCUAGAGCUCUCUGAAUCAAAAUGGGGAAAGAAAAGAAAAAAGAAAAAUAAAAUGUAGUAAAUCUUUUAUUUUUCUCCCUUUGUUUUCUAAUUUGUAAUAUAUAUUAUGUAGGUUUCCUUAAUGUUUAAUGGUUAAGAUCGUAUCUCAAUAUAUAUUUGCAUGCAUUUUCUCUA